GUUCGUGAAGACUACCAUUUGACGAAAAUGCCACCCAAGGCCAGCGGUAAAGCUGUGAAGAAGGCUGGUAAAGCCCAGAAGAAUAUUACCAAGACCGAUAAGAAGAAGAAGCGUAAGAGGAAGGAGAGCUACGCUAUCUAUAUCUACAAGGUCUUGAAACAAGUUCAUCCGGACACUGGAGUUUCGAGCAAGGCCAUGAGCAUCAUGAACUCAUUCGUUAAUGACAUUUUCGAACGAAUUGCCGCUGAAGCAUCAAGAUUGGCUCACUACAACAAGAGAUCAACUAUUACUUCUCGGGAAAUUCAGACAGCUGUUCGUCUACUUCUUCCAGGAGAGUUAGCUAAGCACGCUGUAUCUGAAGGAACCAAGGCAGUGACCAAAUACACCAGCUCUAAGUAAACUGGAGCAAUUUUGAAUAAUCGGCCCUUUUCAGGGCCAUCAAAUAUUUUUAACGUGGCACUUAUAUUUUGGCAAUUUUUCUUCAUAAUAAUUUACUUUAUUAAUAUUGAUUAAGAUAAUUUGUUCAAAGAACAAAUAUUUACGAUGUUAUUACAAUAUCGUAUCGAAGAAGCGCAUGAUGUUUGACAAAUAUACUAGUGCAAAUUGUUAGCAAAUAUGCCGACAUAUUUAACGCUAUUUAGAUUCAACACGCCGCCUUGGUCUUUUCAUUCGUAACAAUUCUACAUCCAUAUAUAGUCAAGAUUUCCAUUUUUUUAGGUUUCUAAAAACUUACUAUGGAAGUGACGUAAAAUUUAAUAUUUAAUUUUGAAUUUAAUAAUAAACAUUUGAAAAGAAUCAACUCAAAAAUGCAUGGAAAUGAUAACACUAUCACAGAACUGCGCCAUUAACUAGUGGAAAAACGAAAAAGCGUUAUAUUUUUGCACAUCAAGUCCAUUGAUAAUUUACCAAAAAAUUUAAAAAAGUAAAUUUUUGCUAUAUAUGUGUA